UUUUAACUUAAAUUGAUUUUUUUUGAAAAAUCGAAUACUGAGUUAACUGCUCUUGGUAGCUUAUUUACUUCCACUGAACAAAAUGGGCGACCUUAAAAGAAUUUUGUCUAAACCGGGCUUCAACCCAGAAGACUAUGUUAGUAAUAUUUCCUCUGAAGAUGGAGAAGAUAAACUCUUGGAAACAAAACAGAAUGUUCAGAUUCUUGCUGAUGAAACUGCUCAAGCAUUGAAGAAAAAUGUUUAUAAAAAUUAUUCUCAAUUCAUAGAAACAGCCAAAGAAAUUUCAGUACACACUAUUUUACAUUACAUCAGUUCACUUAGCUAUCAAUGGAUAUCACAUUGUGGAAAUCUUACUUAUAGACUGAAGGCUUAUCCAUACACAAAAGCUCGCAUUGAUCAUAGGAUUAAACAAUUAACAGAAGGAUUAAUGAGUGAAUUACAAGUGACACCAGAACGGUCUCUUCGAGGUGGUCCAAGAGCUGCAAGAAGGGCAGUGACACAGCUUAUCCGUCUUGGGAAGUCUGCUCAAGCCUGUGAACUGUUUCUGAACAACCGGAGUGCCAUUAUUAAAUAUAACAUCAGACAAUUGAAGUUUGAAGGUUCAACAACAUUGUACAUCAAGCGUCUCUGUACAGGAUUUUUCUCAAGUUUAGCUGAAACAGGCAAAGAAUUUAUGAAAGCAUUUCCACAGAAUUACGGCUGUUAUUCUGCCAUUGUUGUUUGGUCACAUCAAGAACUGAAAAUAUUUGUUGACAUGUUCAAGCGCCAAGUAUUUGGUGGAAAAUCCAAUCUCUCAAUAAUUGCAGAAUGUGUUAUGUUAGCAAGACAACAUUGUCAAGAGCUUCAUUCCAUUGGCCUUGAUCUUAGCUUCACAUUGGACUUAUUUAUCAAUGAUGAUAUCAAACGAGUUAUACAAGAGACAAAAGAUCAUAUUAUUGAGGGUGUCAAGUACAGAGCUGCUGAUGACUUGUGGCGACCAAUGAAUCAUCUCAGUAAAACUGCUUGUGACAGAUUUAUAGAAGACAUGCAGCUCCUUGGAUUCAGUCAAAUGUCUACAUGUGUUUAUGAUGACUGUUUUGUAAAUUUGACAAUAAAUACAGUUCAGUUUACAAAAACAACUCUUAUUUUUGUUGAUGAUACUUUGAAGAUGUAUACUCCAGAUCUUGGAGUUUUUAUCAACAAUGCUAUUGCAGACAUUUUCAAGGCUCAUAUUUUACACAUUCAAAAUUCCUUGAAACGAGCAAAAUUUGCCAAAGAUCAAACCUUCAUAAUGAAGAAUGCACAGUUCAUCCUGGAAGAGUUUCUUGGAAUCGCUGAGACAUUCUACCGAGAUAAAGAUAUUGUAUUUCCCAAAGAACUGAUUUCUGUCAACAAUGAAUUUAGACGCUUGAAAACACUCGCUAAAAGUCUUAGCUGAAAGAAAAAAAAUCAAAUGUCCAUGUGUAUAUAGUUAUUUUCUUUUUAAUAUAAUAAAUUGCUUGAAUAUAUU